AUGCCACGCGCCUCUUUCAGACCGGACACGUUCAGCUUCAGCUCUGCCACAAGCGCAUGCCAGCGAAGUAGUCACUGGCAGGAGGGCUUGCGAAGCCUUCCAAGGAUGCUGGCAGCUGGAGUUACGCCAAGCCAUGUCACCUUCAAUGCAUCAAUCAAUGCUUGUGAGAGGGGUGGGAUCUGGCGUUUGGCCUUGCAGUGCUUUUACGACAUGUUGGAGAUGGAAUGUGCGCCGACCAUGGUGACAUUCAGCAGUCUUAUCAGUGCAUUCGCAGCAGGAACGAAGUGGAAGCCAGUGCUAGAACUGUUGGAGGACAUGGAAUUCAGUAGAAUUCCCUGCAAUACGAUCACUUACAACACUGCACUGAGCGCGUUUGCGCAGAGUGGGCGAUGGAAGAUUGCAUGCCACCUGCUUGAGUCUAUGUUGCAGUCCGCCGUGGAGGCCAAUGCCAUCAGCUUCAGUGCUACCAUUACUGCCUGUGAAGGGCAGUGGCAAGUAGCACUGGGGCUGCUUGCAAUCAUGUCUACUUUUGAGGCAAUCCCCAAUGAAAUCACCUUCGGAUCUGCCAUUAGCACCUGUGAGAAGGCGGGUCAGUGGCAGACAGCUCUUCAAAUCCUCACCUGGAGCCGUGUUGUCCGAGUUGAGCCCACUGAGAUCACACUGAACUCGUGCAUAAGUGCCUGUGCAAAAGCUGGGCAGUGGGAGAUGGCUUUGCAGGUACUGCGCGAGAUGGGCUGCCAGACCUUGGAGCCAGACUGUGUGAGUUUCAACUCGGCGAUUAGUGCCUGUGGCCAGGGCAAGCAAUGGGAGCUAUCUCUUCUCAUCUUGUCCGAACUUCCGACGGUCAGACUUCUUCCAGACGUCAUCAGUUACAAUGCAUCAAUCAGCGCUUGUGCUUCCGCUUCCUUGUGGCAAAUGGCCGUGGCACUGCUGGAAGCAUGUGGAAGUGGGCGACUUUCUCCCAACGGGAUUUCCUUCAAUGCCAGCCUGAGCGCCUUGGAGAAGUCUGCGCAGUGGCGGCUGGCAUGCCAGCUGCUUUCCGAGAUGCGGCAAGUCCGCGUAGUGCCGGACGUGAUCAGCUACAACUCUUCCAUCAGUGCCUGUGAGAAAGGCUCGCAGUGGCAGGUGGCCCUACGACUCUUUGCGAGCCUGCGUUCUUGCAGCCUGUUCGCCAGCAGAGUGACCUAUGGUGCCGCGAUCAGCGCCUGUGAGAAGAGCGGGCAGUGGAGGAUGGCACUGCAGCUGCUUUCGAAGAUGCUUGCAAGCCGACUGGCGCCGAAUGAGAUUACCUUCAAUGCUGCUCUGAAAGCAGCGGAGAAAGGUGCGCAGUGGCAGCUUGCGCUACACCUAUUGUCUUCCAUGCCAACCUACGAAUUAGAGCCGACCAUAUCCAGUUUCAGCGCCUGUGUCGUCGCAUGCCAGCGUGGGCGACAGCGGCGGGCAGUUUCGGACCUCCUGGCCUUGAUCACUGCCGCAGACCUUCACUGA